AUUUUAAACAAUUUGAAAACACACUGGAGGACUUCUUCUGGAGGUGGAAAUGUUUCUUAGCUUUCACAGAUCGAUUUAAUUAAGAGAUAACCUUUUUUACAUAAUUUCCUGAGAACUGGGGUUAAGGAUCUGUGAAGUAAGCCAGGGUCUGGUGCAAAUCUUCUGCAGAGAUGGAGGAAUGCUAAGUUUUUUGGGAGAUACUUAACUACCUGUUGACGAGCAGGAGAGAUAUGUCAGGACUUAUGAGCCAGAAAUUGGAUGAACUUUUUGCUGCCCUUCUUCAGAAUUUGCCUAUUACAACAUCUCUGAUUCAACAGGCGAAACUAGAAUAUGACAGAAUUCGGGAAGUUGCCAUCCAAGGAGAGAAGAACAGGGUGCCCGGAGAGAGCAUGAGAUGUCCAAACUGUAAAAAGGACCUCCCCCUGCAGCGACAGACGAAACUCAUAGAGAGCGAAAAUGAAAUCACCCGACUUAGACAAGAACUUCAUCUUAAGAUUACCAUGUGUCAGGACCUGGAAGACAAGAUAAAAAGACUGCAGUCAAUGCAAAAGGGGAGGAACUCAAGUGUGGGAGGAGCUGUAACCCUACAAAUCAGCGAGAUGUACUCAAGACUGUUUGCUGAGCAAUGGCUUCAGGCUUAUGAGUUUAUGGACAACAAUUUAAACCAGCGGGAGGAUAGAGUGCUGGACAUUCUGCAGAGGAUUCUUAGAGCAGCUUAUGAGUUUUGCAAAGAUAUCUCUAAUGCUCAGAUGAGGAAUGUGGAAGGAGAAAUAUUCUGCCCCCUAUCCACAUGGACAGAAGACAAGAGGAUGGAGUUUGCUGUCACUCCGAGACCAAACACUUCGUCUUCCAUCAGCCAUUUAGCCAGGCAGUACAGGGACAUGGCGUCGUCGGAGUGCAUCCCGAUAUUACAGGAGACCUUUCUUAAGGAAGUUCUCCCAGAGUUUCUGGAUGUCCAGUAUGUGGGCGAGCCUGUGGUGGUCAGUUACACCAAGAAAUGCGUGGAGGUCACAUGGUACAUGUGUAUACAAUCCCCGCCAUUGCACCUCAUCACCAAAGUGGUACGAAAGUCAGCAUUUGACACCAAUUUGUUUAGUUACUACACAGUGGCAGGAGACAAGAUUGACUUUGUCGUCUGGCCCUCUGUGGUUCAAGGGGACGAUGAGAAAAUCAUAUCCAAAGGGGUCGCCCAAGCAAUGGACAAUAAUCGAUCCCAUUCUUCUCUGAAAGCAUCCAUUCAUUCCCAUCGAACGGAAAAAUCUCCAUCUCUCCAUGACAAUAUACCACCACCACAACAGGGCAAUGUGUCUCCUGCUCAUUCCCUCAAUAAUCCAGCUCUCAGAGGUACACCAUGGGGCUCCCAGUUCUUCACUUCCAACAGAGGUACUCCUUCAGUGGACCUCCCACCAACUCCCACCGAGGACCCUCUCCCCACCAGUCCAAAUGAUGUCACGAAAGGAGCCUCUAGAGCCAGUGUGGCUGAUCAGGACACUAAAGAGCCAGCCAGGUCAAGACAGGGAAGAAAAACAGCCACACCCCAAAAUCCUGACACAGAGCAAGCCAAAAGUCAGAAGGAUUCUGUGGACAAACAGAAGAGUCCUGUUCCUCAGUCCCAGAGAGGCACCACCCAGGGGAACUCUAGAUACAGCCCCCCAUUGGAAACCUCAUCUCUGACCGAUGCCUGGCGGAAAUCUCGAGCUCAGCCAAUGAGCAGACCUGGCAAGAUGUAGUUGAACUGUGAUUCAAUGCAUAGGAAUAAACAGGAAAAAACAAGAUCAAACCUGUCAUAACCUAGCAAUAACAAUUAAAGAUUAAGCCCCUCAAGACAGCCAAGCAAUGAAUAGUCCCCAACAUGAAGUAUUGAAGUUUAUAUUCUUGUGUAUUUUCAGAAAUGAAGUUUAUCUUAUAUUUACAUUCUACUUUCAUUUCUGUAGAAUUCACAGCCGUUAAAAUUGACGUACUUAUACACUCAUGUUUACAACUGCAGUGUGUUCACGAAGAAAUGGCUAUCAUUACAAUGUGUAGAGAAGUCGAAGGCAAAAACACUGGAAAUGUAAAUAUCAUAAUUUAUUAUAUACCCAUUAAUGUAUCGUUCAUUGAUACUGUGGAUUUCACAGCGUGUGAUCCGGUUUUCCGGAUCACCACACUGUGGUUUUCUGAUUCCGUAUCAGUAUCCUCUGAAACUGAUGCCAUCACAAUGCAUCAACGCAAUGUUAUUUGUGGAAAAUAUUGACCGCGUCACAAAACAGAACUACGUACACAAAACAUAAUUUCAUGGUAUGUCUGUGUUUUUGAUAAUUUGGAUUACAUUUAUCAUCUUAUAAAUGUGGAUUUAAAAUGCAGAAGGGGGUAUAUAAUAAAUUUAUCAUUACUACAGUAACUUGAUCCGAAGAGUUGGAUCACGUCUCGUUGACAGGCGCGGAUCAUCAGAUCAAACUCGACGCUUUGCGUCUCGGAUCAAGUUACUGUAGUAAUAAUAUAUAUAUCUCUUGUACAAUGUAAAUAUCAUAAUAUACCUUGUACAAUGUAAAUAUCAUAAUAUACCUUGUACAAUGUAAAUAUAAUAAUAUAUCUUGUACAAUGUAAAUAUCAUAAUAUAUCUUGUACAAUGUAAAUAUAAUAUACCUGAUACAAUGUAAAUAUCAUAAUAUACCUGAUACAUUGUAAAUAUCAUAAUAUAUCUUGUACAAUGUAAAUAUCAUAAUAUAUCUUGUACAAUGUAAAUAUCAUAAUAUACCUGGUAAUUUCUGUAGUGGGUUCAUCUUACUCAUGAUAUUGCUCAAUUGCAAGAGCACUGAUAAUCCCCAUAAGUCUUGUAGCACUAAUUAAUGGCUGCACUAAUAAUCCCCAUAAGUCUUGUAGCACUAAUUAAUGGCUGCACUAAUAAUCCCCAUAAGUCUUGUAGCACUAAUUAAUGGUUAAUGGCUGCACUAAUAAUCCCCAUAAGUCUUGUAGCACUAAUUAAUGGCUGCACUGAUAAUCCCCAUAAGUCUUGUAGCACUAAUUAAUGGCUGUACUAAUUACAAUGUAUCCCCAUGCAUGUUGUUUUGAAAGUCUUGUAGCAGUAAUGCAUGGCUGUACCAUUAAACUGUUUCUGAUCUAUACAUGUGCUAAUUUUGAAUAUGCUAAAAAUAAUCAUAAAUAUACAUUAUAUGUAGCAGCCAGGGGUUCUGACCGCCUACUCACAGCUUUAGCGGAUCAGAAAUCUUGGCUAGCAGAAACCAAUGAUUAGAUUGAAAAUAUAUCCAUUUUGUUUUUGUAAAAGAGUCAGCGAAUCUUGUCAUAUUUCUGAUUCAAACUGGCAGAAUGAAAGCAUGUAUAAGACUUCAUUACAUAUCAUAGAUAUUAUGUACAUAUAAUACAUGUGUUUUUGAAAGUUA